GGCGACGAAAUCUAACGGGACAGUUUUUAUGGCAACCAGGAACCAUCACCUUCUUAAACAAUGAACUUGAAGAGUUUAAAAUGCAAAUGCUCAACACAGACAUGUAUCAUCAACUUCAAAUCAGUAACUAGUACUGUUACUACUAGUUUUUCUUCUUGCUAUAGACAAUACUGAAGAGAUAGAAGAUAAUGUUAAUGAUGGCUUUGCAACUUUACCAACUUCUUCUUCUUCUUCACAUUCCAAUUCACUCUGCUUUCACCCUCACCAAUACACACCUUUGAAUGAGAGAAUGACGAUAAGAUUGGCCAAGAUUUUCCUCUACCAUAAUGAAUCGAGAAGGAGAAAGACUCGUCAUUUGUUGAUUCGUAAAGAAGACGUAGAAUCGCGUGUCCAAGACCAAGAAGAGGAAGAAGAUGAAGCACCUCCUCCUAGCCCUCAAGAACUCCAGUAUGUUCGAGAUAUCAAAAGGGUGUUGGAGCUUCUCAGGAAAAACAGAGACAUACUUUUUAGCGAGGUUGAGGCACCAGUGACAAACCCAGGCAAAUUCCUUUAUGCAAAAGCCACCGACAAUGGUAAAGAUCCUAAAGAGGCUGCAAAGAGAUUGAAAAUUGAAUGGGAUUCAGCUGCUGAAAUUGAGUAUACUGGCCUGAAUGACGAACCAGCUAUGGGAAAACAUGGAACUCACUACCCUUUGACGCUUGUGACUUGCUGCCCACGUCCUCGCUUUGCCAGGUUUGUGACCUUUCUUAUUAGUUGCUAAUCUCUCACUUCAUUCUCAUAGCUAGCUAGUUUGUGACCUGAAACACCAUGGUCCUCCCAGCUUCAGAUACUGUCCUUCCCACCUCAAACAACGGCACUCAUGAAACACUUGAAAUUUCUGAUGAUCUAGACUUCUGUAUUAUUACUGCUGAUUAUUUCCACGAUUUCAAAUCCAUGGCUAUUGAAGAAUCUAAAAAGUUGAUUAGAAAAGAGAGCAUGCAAAACGAAAAGCAGAUUUCAGCGGAUCCAGUUUCGUUGAGAGAGUCAUCAAGAAGAGAGGCUAGCUUCAAUUUCAUGCUGCUGCCUGUGUCGACUGCACCAACUCCGGACCUGCUACCACCUGCACUGCCUGCAACAUCCCAGAUUAUAGCAGGCAGCCUCCCCAGCUCAGCCUGCUCAUCCCCUCGGUUCAGCUUGACAAUGUUGAAGAAGAAAUGGAAAAAUGAAAGCCAAGCAUCUCCCCGCCAGAUUGACAAUCUUGCUGGUCGACAUUCUUUAGCACAUCCUCCCCUUGCUGCUCAACAAGAUAUUCACUUGCGAAGGAACAAGUCUUGCGUAGAAGGAAGGACAGCUGCACCUGCUGACGAACUUAAUUUUUGGUUCCCCAGACCAAAUGCUAGCAAAUCUGAUAACAGACCUCAUGGACACUUCAAAAUUGAGGCUAGCAAAGAAGAUCACAUAACUGUUAAAAACAUGGAUCCUAUUGAUGAUGGAUUGAAAUGUGGUGUGCUAUGCUUCUACCUUCCAGGCUUUGCAAAGGGAAAACCAGUGAGACCCAAAAAGGAAGAAGUGAGAGGAGAUUUGGGAAAUGUAAUAUCCAGGACAGUUUCUGUGGAAAAAUUUGAAUGUGGUUCAUGGGCUUCAUCGGCCGUCAUAAAUGACCAUGAAGACGACUCCAAGAAUCUUUACUUUGAUUUGCCACUAGAGUUGAUCCAAGCUAGUGCGAAUGAUGCAAAUUCACCGGUUGCUGCUGCCUUCAUCUUUGACAAGGAUCAAAAACAAGUUCUCAAGAGUUGUUCAACAAGAGCAGCACCCAGGAAAUCCCAUGAAUUGUCUCGUCAUGUUAGGUUUUCAACAUCAUCGCCCACAUCGCACCCUACCUCACCAACUUCUUGCAUUACACCUCGCUUGCAGAAGGCUAGGGAGGAAUUCAAAGCCUUUUUAGAAGCGCAGAGUGCAUGAAUCUUUCUGCCAACUUUCUUUCAAGCAUUAUGUUUUCCCAGUUCGUUGCAAUUAUGCAGAUUUGGAUGACAGAUUUUACCAGAAUGUGACGCAUCCUUCAUUUUCCAGCCAUCUUCUGGAAAUAAGCCAGAGAAGGUUGAACAAGAUAAUUGUACUAGAAUUUUUCCUUUUCUUGUUCUUUUGUUUCAUUUUCUGGGUUAAUCGCAUGAUCUUCUUCAGGUUUAUGUGAAACUUUUCCAGUGUCAAGUGUACCAGCAUGAAAGUUUUUAGCAUC